AAAUAAUUUUAAGUUCCAUUUGAAAACAUCAGACCUGAAGAUGUUCCAUCUGGUGCUUGGCUUAGAUUUUUUUAAUGCUCUCACAACAGAAAAAUUUCUAUCGCGUUUAUGCUAUUAGUGUUGAUUUUGAAACUAUGUCUAUUAAAAAGCGCGAUUUAUGAGCUUUCUAAUGAACUCAUACACUCCGAAAACAGCUCAAACCAAGGUGCACAAACAAUUUUCGAAGUAGCUAUAAAGAUUGAUAUUUUACAAACUGGUCCAUCGCCUUAAAACUUCUAAAUAGCGAAAACCGCUUUUUUAAUUUAUGGGAAUUUGUGGUGAAUUUAGACCGUUACUUUCUUCCUUGAUUAUUAGUAUUAGUUUUACAAAUCGAUUUCUUUUUUUUGUGCGAUCAACUGUUGUGGAGAAUCUUAGAAAUCCCGUUACUGCAGCUUGCCAAAUCUGGAGAACAUCUUCACUCGUCAGACGGUUAUGUGGUGCUAGUACGACUACGAGCUAUCAGUCAUCAUUGAAAUGGCUUUUGAAUACAAAACUGAUUUUCCACAUUUAUUGAGAAAAGCCAAUGACAGAUGUGCGAUCGCGACACGAUUCGUGGAGGACAUCCCAACAGAAAAUCUGCAACUGGAAUGUAUGGCCAAGCUGGAGAACGAAUUCUAUCGCCUGCAGUCCGAAUUUGACUGCAUGGGACAAAGCCAAUACAAUACACGGACGUUAUUAGAAGCAAUAGUCGCUGCUCUAGAAAGCAGCGUGAAAGAUUUGCAGAUUAAGGAUUCUGCAUUGUACUACGGACUUUCCCGCACUCAUCCGGAAUAUCAGAAAUUCCUCCGUUUUCAGUCCUUGCUGGAGAGUGAAUUCAUCACAUGGAAAAUCAUUUUUGAAUUGCUGGUGCAUCGAGGAAGCACGGCUUGGCAGGAGCAUGAGUUGCAAGGGUCGGAUCAAAAUGCUGACACGGAAAAGAAUCUCGUAGAUGAGUGGAUGAAGUCACCCCAACUGUCCGCUAUUAAGGUUGUCCUGGAUGUCCUGGAGGACACUUAUUCGCGAUGUAAUCCACCGGAACUUCUUCUGCCUGGGUUAAAGGUUCGGGCCAUGGCGCCUCGACUGCAUACGACGCAGAAUGCCAAACACGCUCGUUCUCAGAGUCGUCGGCUGAGGGAUAUGCUACCGUCCACCUCCGUGACUGAUGAGGAGAUAUAUGAAGCAAUAUUCAAAAGCAUUCGGGCCGGGAAUUUCGAGUGUGCUGAAACGAUUGCAAAAAGCGGUGGUAUUGGAGUGUUUAAUGUGAAUUACCGCCUUCGUGAUUACCUUACUGAGCCGGUGGUUGGCGGAAACCAUAGUCGAUUGCAAUGGAAAAAUUGGGCGUGGAACGUGUCUCAGGAUAUGGAAAUUGGACCUUGGCAGCGAGCAACAUGGGGAAUUUUGUGUGGAAAUUAUGCGGCGACGCUUCCUGUAGCAUGCAGCUGGGAAGAUCGACUGUGGAUUUACUUGACUUGUUUCCUGGAUCUCUGCAUUGAGUCGAUGCUUUGUAGAACUGUCUCCGGUAUUGUUCAACCAAAUACUGAAUUGGCUUCCAUUCUGCCGGUGGAAUAUUGGUCUAGUGGUUCAGGCUUGGAGAUUUCAAAAAUAUUCGACAAGCUACAGAGCCCUGAUAUGAACAGCUCUGGCAGCUGCUCCGUUCCGAUAUUUAUUAACAGUAUCAGAGCAGCAGUUACGAAUGAUUUGGAACCUAGUUUAUUGAUCUACGAAGAUUUCAUUCUCAAUAUGGCCAAAAACAAACUGCCUAUGGAUGGGAUGCAAGUUUUCGAUGUUGUGCGACAAGCUAGCCAAAGUCGUUUCGUGGUUUUUGUGCUGUCCCUGGUCAAGGAUGCUGGAAUACCUAUGGAUCGUGUGUUUUACGGCCGUGCAUGUUUUCUAUAUGCACAGGCUGCGGUGGAAAGGAACGUCCAAAUGCUGGCAUUCUAUGUUUCUCGCAUUCCUGAGCCAGAGCUCGGAGAGGCGGUCAAAUCAUUUGUUUCCGCAUACGAAUCUCCGAAAGAUUUAUCGGAAUUCUUCAGCAGUAUACUGAUGUUGAAUAGACAGAGCUCAAUGGAUGCUGGGAAAGCUUUCUUGGCAGAAAGGUUUCUAUCUUUGCAGAUCUCACCAACACCUGAAAUACGGGAAGGAUUCAAUCAGAUUUUCAAAGUAUUCUGUGGUGUGCCGGAGAUAGCAGCAACAGUCUUAGCGUGUCUGAACCGCUUGGUGCGCUUAUUAUUGCUCAAGGAAUCGCCUGAUGCAUCACUUGCCUACAGUCUGGUUUACGGACUAAAAAGUGAUAUUGGCAUCGUCAUGGGUAACCUUGAUGCCGCUGGUGAAUUGGACAAUGUUACGGAAGAUGCGAAGAGUGAAACCUUUUGUUGGCUGACUUACUUUGAGAUCUGCCGUAAAUGCGACGAAUAUAAUCGCUAUCACCUCAACGAAAGUUUGGAAGAUGUUGACAACCCAGAAAACUUGUUGGAGGAAAUUAUGAAGGAAGGAUUUCAAGUGUUCGGUGUUGAUGAUUGGUUGAAGGGAUGUAGCACACCUGAAGAACCUGAUCGGGGGCAACAAUUGGAAAAGCUUCGAGACAGUACUUAUGUGGAACUCUACUGCACUCUGGUGAACUUGUCGAAGGACAUUGAAGAUGAGGAUGUUUUAUCUAAUAUGGUCAAUGUUACCCUUGCUGUUGCCGACAAAGUUGCGAAGGUUCAUCUGGCUGAAGCAGGAGACGUUCUGCGAUCGACCAGACACAUAAUGGAAAUGGCUCUCAGUAAAGGGGUCUAUAGCGCUGUAUCUCAAGCAGAAUUUAAAAAGUGUAUAAAGAGAGUUAACGCGGUAAUACGUUGAUGCCGCAGUGCGUUGUAUUUCUCGGCGGUUGAUUUCUUUUAUCUUGAGUAUUGACUGCUGAUUUUUCAGUGUGAUUUUCUUAAAGUUGUUAUUAGUUGCCUGACUGACUAGCUGAAACGGUCACUGCAGUUGCACAGAUGAAGUAAAAUAAAGCAAACGA